AUGCCAGCGCCUCAUCCAAACGAGCUUCGAGUUCAAGUCCUCUCUUACUGGGCCUUAGGGAUUCAGCCACCCGAUAUAGCCAAGAUGCUUCAGAUCAACGUCCGUACAAUACGGGAUAUGAUCCAGAAGGGCCAAGAUCGUGGCUACAAUCCUGCUCAGUGCAUGAGGGUUAAGCUUGAAUAUGUGGAAGAUGGCAAGCGCUCUGGCCGUCCGAAGGAUAUUUCUGAAGCUACAGAUAUGGCAGUUCUUGCAUCUGUCAAGCAGGAUAGGAAUAGACGUGAGAAAUCUUCUGAAAUCCUUGCCUUUGAAGCAGCUGCAAAGGCUACUCGUCUUAGGUUCUGCUUGGAUCACCAACACUGGACUCUGGAGGAUUGGAAGGCUGUUAUAUUUACCGAUGAGACUUCUGUUAUCCUUGGCCACCGUCAGGGCUCCUGUAAGAUUUAA